AACCAGUAGGUUGCUUGUUAUUAUUCAAUUCAUAUAGAUCUCAGAGUUAUGUGCAACUGUCUCCUACUCCAAACUUGUUUCGGGGUCCAUGGCAACAGAUUCAACGGCGGCUUGGUGCUUUUGCCUAUUUCAACAACAGUUUGCGCUCUCUUUUGAGUCGGAGAAUUUUCAUUGUCUCGGGGUAAUACAAGGUUUCCGUUGUUCGUACGAUGUCAAGCAAAAGUUACCCGCAAAUAUCGAAAAUGCAUUGCACAAUAGUAACCGAUUCUUCAACGGAGAGAUCGAGCUAGAAGAGGCCGUCGAGGCCAUCGUGCCGUUGUUGCAUUGCAAUUUCCAUCGCUGCUCGCCGGGAAGAGAUACCAGUCUGGUCCAAUGGUCAUGUCUAGCGCACGCGACGAGAAGCUGCAGUCAAAAAGAUCGACGGAUCUCGCGCAGACAGCACGCCAAAGCAUUUACAGAAAUGCUUGCUCUGAUACUCUUUAGAAAUUUUCAGGACCGGGAGCGCAUGCUCAAUGAUCUUUAUUCAACCUGCGUUUGUCAUGAUGAGCAAAGAAGCUCUCGAAGCGUUACCUCAAAAAGCAGCUUGGACAGCCUGCUUUUGCGGUGGAAUGCACUGGUUUCCGUGCAGCCACACCUAAGAGAGGAGAUCCAGAGAAGAUACGAAUCGUGGACUGAGACUGUCAUGAGUGACGGGGAACCUACCAUGGAUUUAAUCACCAGGCGUUCCUCCACAAUCCCGGACACUCCUCUGCCAAGCUGGGAUAUGUCAAGAAACAGAAAUGAGAGUCUCCAACAAAUUCCUCAUAUAGCCGUGCCUAGUGCUAGCAAUUCAGGCUCAUCUACAUGGUCUCGUCAAAGACAAUCUGCUUUGUCAACACCGGUAUCGAGGCGUCCGCUUCCACAACGGCCCUUCAGCGAGCCAAGCAAUAGGUCAAGGAUUGCUAAUCCAGACUCAUGGUUCACCGACGAGCUGGUGCGACCAGGCCUACCUUCUUCCUUGUCCGAAAAUAGGGGCCAUCUGGCUUCCGCGCGCUUAGCGGAGGCUCUUGAAUCGCCCUCCGUCGGUCCAAUUCGGUCGAGAGCCAGGAGGCCGCAGCAAAGGAAGCUUUCGGACUUUCUCUGCAGAGUACCUCCACCAAGAUAUCGCGCACCUGAUUUAUAUACCCGCAGCGAGCAACCUCGUGGCGCUAUCACUGAAAUAUCCACUACUCGUGUUAAUCUUAUUCAGCAAUCAAAUCUCGCCCAACCUGGCGCUGCAUCUCCAAGUAUAUUUAACUUGGACCGCGACACCGAAAACUCACAUGAUUGGAGCCGGGAAAGCAAUGAGAGUUCUCCUUUUACAUCAUAUUGGAGCCAGGAUACACAGCUCACCCCUCGAGAAGCCAUCAAUGACACCCUCGACCUAUUGGAGAUACCAGUUGACAGGAAUGCGAGAUCAGGGUAUAUAUACGCUUUUGAGUUGCCGGAUCAUCCAGGUUAUAUCAAAAUUGGACGAGAAUUUGAGCGUGGUCAUCGCAUUCCAGCACAGUCUCGGAGUUGUUAUGGGUUAGUCAAGAGAAUUCCAGAUGAGCGAGUGUGGAAAACGCCAUAUGUCGCUCGGGCAGAACAGCUUAUUCACAGCGAGCUGUCAAGAUGUAGAAUGCGGUACAAGUGCUCCAAUUGCAAACGUGAAAGGAACACGUUUCAUCGGGAAUGGUUUUUGAUCAACCGCAAUGAAGCAUUUCAGGUCAUUGAUCGAUGGCGGGACUGGUUGAACGAAGAGAGACCAUACGGAAAGGAUGGAAGACUCACUGCCAGAUGGAACAAAAGAUUGUCAUCUUGUCGUCGAGGAAAUGUCGGGCUGACUGAAAAUACGCGUGAUAGAUUUUGGAAAAAAUGCUUACGCAAAAGAAACAAGCUGGAGUGUGUUCUAGAAUACGUGAAGGACUGCCUUGAGGCCGCCGUAGCGGGCUUUACAACACUGACCGAAUUCAAACGGCGAAUAUGUGGGGAAGUGGAGUAUGUGGCAAUUCCUAGCGGCUCGGGGCCUCUAUUCCCGAGAACUGGUAAUUCUCCGAGACGAUGAAGAAGAAUUUGACUGUCGAAAGGAAAGGAGGAUAUCUUGUUCGUAUAUAAGGCGGGGGUUUUACGUGAUGAAU